AUAUGUAGUGACUGUGGUAAAAAAUACAAGUCCAGUGGAGGAUACCGAAGACACAGAAAUGCCAAACACAGUGAUCAGCCCCAACCAGUGUCUCUGACACCGAGCAUUCUUGCUGAAAUUGUGAAUGAUGCCUUGCAAAAAGUUAAAGAAAACAAAGUAUUCAGUGUUGACUUGCGGAAGGAAUUUAAACGCUAUGAAUAUAAACAGCCCAAUGAAACUGAGGGAUUUUGUGUGUUUAAAACACUGUAUGAUGGAUACUUGAAAAAUGGAGACACUGAAAAGUUUUAUGGAAAAUAUUAUUCUCAGGUUCCAUUGAAAUCUACAACCUUUUUCAGAGGGUUAUCCAGAAAUGCAGCUACAUUGCUAGCAAUUAAAGUGGCCGACAACAUGGUAGCACAUGGCAAGCAUGCAAAGUCAUCUCCUGACAACAGCGUCCUUCCAUCUAAAACAGUCUUAUCAAACAAAGAGACAGCGGGGUUGCAGUAUUUGGGAGGAUACGUAUUGCACAAUCUUCACAAAAAGUGUGCAAAAAUGUCUUCAAGUGAAAGUCAGCAGGCAAUGGCUAUACUCAAGGCUGGAAAAUUGGAGGAGGGCUGUGAUUCCCAAAAGCUGGUUUCCACACUGAGCCGCGGUGGUCUCUGGUCCAUAACAGAGCCUGCACAAAAGAUCUUUAUUCUAUCUAUCAUUAUUUCAGACAGUCAACUUUAAAAUCUGCUAAUAGUAUGCAAAUUGUGGACAUAACUGGGAUAGCUCAGAAGUCAUUAACAGAUAAUGAUGUGGUUGCAAACUACCAAACCAUGGUCUCAAAUGCUGAACUAGUUCCCACUAAAAAUGUCAGUAAAGAUGUCCUGUACAGUAUUGUAAAUUUGUACAUCAGGGUUCGCUCAUUCUCUUUAGCCAAGGAUAUUAUACAAGACUUCAAAAUUAAAGCAAAGCAGGCUAAAAGCAAGGCUCUUCGGAAAGAAAUCCAAAGAAGUUGUGACCAGCAAACUCGAGAGAGGCAAAACUAG